ACGAGCUCUUUGUAAAUGUGAAGCCCUUUGUAUUCGCACUCAUCCCUUAUUUGCAAAAAAAGGGUAUUCUUCCAAAUGAUUUCCCACCUCAAUCAAAACCACCCCUUUCAUUUCUACCCUGGUACAUAUGUAAAAUCGCUGACACCACAAAACCCAUUUUCCGUUUUUCUCAAAGUUCCAAGCUUUACCGGUUCUACGGCUACCCAUUAUCUUAAAGUCUCAUGGGUGCAUUCUGUUAACUCACACUUUUCUGUGAAACGGGUAUCUCGGCAUGUAAAGGGGAAGGUGCAGGAUGUGCUGUUAGAUUACUUGCAUUCAAGCAGGGGAUACAGCUUCAUGGAUGCUGAAUUCAUUAGCCAAAACUCGCCAUCUUUUGUUCACGGUUUGGUGUCCGAGUUUCAUGGCCAGGAUGAAGAUGUUGCAAGGUGUUUGACGAAAUUCCUGAGGUACAACCCCAUUAAUGAGUUUGAACCAUUUUUUGAGAGUUUGGGGAUUAGCCCUCAUGAGUUGCCUUUGUUUCUCCCACGUGGCAUGAUGUAUUUGUCUGAUGAUCAUGUUUUGCUUGACAAUUUCCAUGCUUUGAGUAACUAUGGGGUUCCAAGAAAUAGAAUAGGGAAAAUUUACCAGCAGGCAAAGGAGGUUUUUGGGUAUCCUAGUGGAUUGUUGUUGUCGAAAUUUCGAGGUUAUGAGAAUUUGGGUUUGAGUAGGUCCAUGGUCAUCAAACUAGUUGUUUGUUGCCCUUCACUUUUGGUUGGUGAAACAUGCAGUGAAUUGGUUAUGGUUUUGGAUUGGUUGAAGAAAAUUGGUAUUGAACAUGAUUGGAUUGGGAAUUAUUUGUCUUGUUUGAAAACGUACGAGUCAAGAAGAAUGCUUGAUGCUAUGGAAUUUCUUCAUAAAGUGGGCUAUUCUGAAGAACAGAUGCACAAUUUGUUCAAGGAAAACCCUGCAUUAUUAUUGGAAGGUCUUGAGAAGGUGUAUGUAUUUUUGGGUCGAGCAUUUAAGUUAGGUCUCAAUAAGAAUGUGAUUUAUUCUUCCUUUAUAGAAUAUCCUCAUAUCUUGUCAAAUAAGUGUGUGAAAAAUCUAUUGGGAGUGAUUGGCUUUUUGUAUUCUAUUGGAAUGGAUACAGAUGGCAUUUCAAACAUUUUGUCUAACCACAUGCAACUCUUGAGCGCACAUCCCUUGAAAGGUCCUAAAUCUGUUUGUUUGCAGUUAAAAAUUAGAAAAACUGAUCUAUGUCAAAUCAUAAAGGAUGAUCCACUAAAGCUAAUUAGUUUGGCUUCAAAACUGAAACAGAAUAGUACUGUACAAUUAUCUUGCGAUGAGCCAAGUAAACAUCUGGAUAAAACAACAUUCUUGCUGAAGUUAGGAUAUGCUGAGAACUCUGAGGAGAUGGCAAAAGCAGUAAAAAAGUUCCGAGGGAGAGGUGAUCAAUUACAGGAGAGGUUUGAUUGUCUGGUUGAAGCUGGUUUGGACUAUAACAUUGCAAUCAAAAUGAUACAACGUGCUCCUAUGAUUCUAAACCAGAACAAAGUUGUGAUUCAAAAGAAGAUUGAUUUCUUGAGAAACAUUUUAGGUUAUCCAUUAGAUUGCAUUGUGUCAUUUCCAGCAUACUUGUGCUAUGAUUUGGAGAGAAUUAUGCUCAGAUUUUCAAUGUAUGCCUGGGUGGCGGAAAGGAAAGCAUCAAAACCUAUGAUGACCUUGAGCACUAUCCUUGCAUGUUCUAAUGAAAAGUUUGUAAAAUACGUUGUGAAUGUGCAUCCCGAAGGUCCAAUCAUCUGGGAAGAUCUAAGGCGGUUAUUGCAAAAAGAUAAGAGCAAACUCUUCCUUUAAGUUUUGUUUAAGAUGCCUAUUUAUCUUAAUAUAUGCCUUGCUAAUUCAUUUUACCCAAAAUACCUUGUUUUUUUUAGAUAGGAAAUAUCUUUGCAAAUGAAUAGGCUUUCUUUCUUUUAUGCACAAUAAAAAUUCUAUUUAAUUGUUGAUUCAUCUUACCCACGUGUGUAUGCUCAAUUUUCCUUCUAUAUUAUGAAUCAAUUUUAACUAUUUCAUUUUGUUUUGGACAAUUAAUGACCAUUUAACAAAUCCCAUUGAAGAGGGAAACCAUUUAUACUAGAUGUUUGAUAAAUCUAGUCAGAAAACAGAAACUGUUUUUUUAAGUGGUGUUUGGUACAAAGAAUGUUUUAACAUUGCUGGAAAUGUGGCUAAGGAAUAAAAGUUUUCUGUGUUUAGUAAUAUAGAAUGAGAAUAUUUCCCUGGAAUAAAAAAUUCAUUGGAAUGCUAAUAUAUGAAAUUAUGAAUAAGUGAAUAUAAAAAUUUCCCAUCUUCAUCGGUGAGAAUAAAACUUUCCUGUGGCAAUUGAAUGCAAAGUUACUAAAAUUUUUCAUGGUAAUUGAUAGUAAAUAUAUUAUUCCUGGCAAAGUUAAAUAAUUACCAAACACAUUCCAUAACUUUUUUUUUUUUUCUAGGAAUAGGAUUUCUGGGAGCGAAAAUUUCCAGGAAAAUAGU